AUGCAAUUAAUUUUAGCUGGUAUACUUCCAUUUACAAAUUUUGAUAACAAUCUUAUCUCUCUUCCUGAAGAAGCUAACUCUCUGCCUGAAGAAGCUGAAUUGGAAGCAGAAAUUAUAGACCUUAUUGAAUGCUUACCAAUUAAUGUUCCUCUAAGUAUACAAGAAUAUAUUGAGAUUGAUAAUUAUAUGAAUAUUGAGGAAGAUUUAAGUAUUGAUAAUAUUGUCGAUAUAGUAAAUGGCCAAGAUGAGAGUGAAUCGGAAGGAGAAAAAGAAGAAGAAAUAGUAAAAUUGGGGAUGCAAUUGUAG